AUGAAUAAGGCGUUGAGAACAACCUCUUCUGCUCUUCAGAGAGUCAUACAUCGACUUCACUCCACAAGACAUGCUAAAAUUAUAACGUUGCUUUCAUUUACAAUACUUAUUCUAAUAACUUUACAAUUCCAGUAUUUGGUUUUCUAUAACCCUUCCAAAGAAAUUGGGAUUGAAUAUAAUAAGGCUAAAGACUCUCAUGGACCAGCUUACUAUGAAACUUCAGAUGUUACUAUUGUUAAAGCGGAUCCACAAAAAAAUGAAAAUAUAACUGCUGAUCAUAUCAUUAAUGAUUAUAAUGAUGAUGAAUAUUACAAAAAUAAAGAUUUUUCAGAUUAUACAAAUUCAGAAUCAAUUGAAGCUGGAUUGGGGAAAUAUUCAGUAAUGAAAAAAUUCAUAAAUGAUCAAUUAAUUGGUAGUAUAUUACAAUGUAAACCAUCAUUUGGUCCAAUUAAUAAUAAAGAUCAUUAUAAUAAAUCAAAUCAUUAUCCUACCAAUUGGGACGGUAAACUACCUGUUUUAUCAGGUAAACUAAGAGAAAACAAUGGUGUUGAUCCAAUAAGAUCAAAGAAUUAUUUGAAAUCAUAUUUCUUGUUGAAAGAUAGAGAACAUGAACAUUUGAAAAAUUCACAUAAAGUCUUUUUAGAAAAAAUGCCAGAAAAAUUCCCAGAAGAAAUUGAAUCAACUAUUAAAGGUAAUGGGAUUUUAUAUGCAGGUGGUGGUCAAUAUAAUUGGUUAGUCUUAUUAUCAAUCAAGAUGUUACGUGACUUGGGCUCAAAAUUACCAAUUGAAGUUUUCAUCCCAAAUGAAAAUGAAUAUUCAGUUGAUUUAUGUGAUAGAGUUUUCCCUGUUUUUGGUGCUAAAUGUAUUUUAAUGUCAAAUUAUAUUGAUACCAAAAAAAUCAAAAUAAAAGGAUAUCAAUUAAAAUCAAUGGCUUUAUUAUUAACAUCAUUUGAAAAUGUUUUAAUGUUAGAUUCUGAUAAUUUACCAUUGAAAAAUCCAGAUUUAUUAUUCAUCAAUGAGCCAUUCAUAUCAAAACCAUUAGUAAUUUGGCCUGAUUUUUGGAGAAGAUCAACUUCACCAACAUUUUAUGAUAUUGCAAAUAUAACAAUCAAUGAAACUAAUCAAAUCAGAUUUUCAUAUAAUGAUGAACGUGAUCAUCCAGAAGGUUUAGAAACAUUAGAUGAUUAUAAUGAAAAAGUUUCAUAUCAUGAUUUAGAAGGUACUUUCCCUGAAGCAUCAAGUGAAACAGGUCAAGUGCUUAUAAACAAAAAAAUUCAUGCUAAAACUUUAUUCUUAUCACUUUAUUAUAAUUUUUAUGGACCAAAUUAUUAUUAUCCAUUAUUUUCCCAAGGACAAGCAGGUGAAGGUGAUAAGGAAACUAUAUUAGCAGCAGCUCAUAAAUUUGGAUUACCUUAUUAUCAAGUUCAAGAAUAUAUUAGAGAAUAUGGAGAAAUUCGUGAUGAUAAUUCAAUUUCCAUUGCAGCAAUGGGUCAAUAUGAUCCAAUUUUAGAUUAUAUUCAAUUUAGAAAUCCUGAAAGUUUUAAAGAUACAAAAUGGACAUAUGAUCGUACUAAAGAUAAUUAUAAUAUGCAUAGAUAUAAAAAUAGUGAAAUGUUAUUCCUUCAUUGUAAUCAACCAAAAUUAUAUCCAUGGAAAAUUAAUGGUAAAGGAUUUAGACAAAUUCAUGAUGAUCAAGGGAAUAGAAGAAGAUUAUAUUCUAAAUUAUUGAUUAAAGAAUUAGGUUAUGAUUUUGAAUUGAAAAUUUGGGAAGCUAUGAAAUGGUUGAUUUGUGAUCAUGGUGAUUUCCAAGUUAAAGGUUUAAGAGAUCCAUUACUUUGGUGUGGGAAAGUUAAUGAACAAUUAGAAUUUUUGCAAACAGAUAAACUUUGA